UACUGUGCGAGUUUAGUGAGCUGCUGAUAGCGCAUUAUCCUGUGAGGUUGCCUUUGUAAAGGACAUCUCGAGAAAUCGGUGUCACCAUGAAGUGCUUUAUAGUGCUAAGUGCGCUAGUGCUCGCACUAGUCAGUGCAAGACCGGAAGGAUACAGCUACUACACGCCGCAUGGUUCUACCUCGGUCCAACAUGGUCACUCUGCUAGUUCUAGUGCCAGUGUACAGUUCACAUCCGGUGCCAGUGAACUAGACGAUUGCGAGGAGCCACAACACGAACAGCUGCCGCCAUUGGUUCACAGCCAGCUGCACUACUUUGCUCCACAAGUCGUCGAUCAUGGAGCAUCGUCAUCGUCAUACCUGAGCAGUUCUUCGGGACUCCAGCAACAUCACUCGGCUCCAGUGUCCGUUUCGAGUGCUUCUUCCUCGAGCUCGGGACUAUUCCAGCACCAACAGCAGCAGCAACAUCAUCAUCACCAGCAGCAGUCACACCAGCAAGUUGUUCAUCAACAAGCUCCAGAACCUCAGGUCGAUUACUUCACCAACGUUCAUCAGCACGAGUCGCACCAUCAUCACGAACCAUCGGUUCACUACGUGCAGCAGCCCGUCGUGAAGGAAGAAGUGCACAAACACGUGUACGUGCACGUUGCACCCGAGGAGAAGGAAGAAAUCCACCAGAAGGUGAUCCUUCCGACGUACACCAAGCAGAAGCACUACAAGAUCAUCUUCAUCAAGGCUCCGGCUCCACCCACCGUCAGCAAGGUUGUGCUUCCGCAACCACCAGUAAACGAGGAGAAGACCCUAGUUUACGUGCUGCACAAGAAGCCGGAACUGGAGCAGGAAAUCGUCCUGCCAGCACCGGUUACAGCCAAACCCAGCCGUCCUGAGGUGUACUUCAUCAAGUACAAGACCAAGAAGGAAGAGAAGCACCAACAGCACUCGACUAGCAGCAGUAGCAGCAGCAGUUCCUUCGAUAGCAGUAGCUCCCUGAGCAGUGGAGGUUACGAAACAGCGGAUCUGGGUGGAUUCGGUGGCAGCUUUUCACCGAUCGUCGUCACAGAGGGAUCGUACCAUCAGUACAGCAGUACGCCGGCUCCACUCAAGCUGACCACCGUCCACUCUGUCGCAUCCUCGUCCGUUGCUCCGGCGCCAUCCUACGUCAGCAGCACGGCUAGCAGCAGUUCCGGUCACAAGGCACAAAGUAUUAAGGUGACCAACAUCGGCCUAUCCGGGUACUCCACUGGAGGUUCUGGUCUCUCCAGCUCUAGCACGUCUGGAUCCUCGAGCUCGAGCGGACGUCAGCGUGGCUCGAAGAAGUCCUGCGGAAAGUGCAGCAAAACGAACAGUGCGCCGGUAUCCGUGGGCGGAACUCUCGAUGCGUUCGUGUCGAACAUCUUCUAAGCACUGCGUAAAGGACGCAGUAUCUUUAGCUCUUAGAACUCGUAGAAACAUUAGCUAAUUACCAGGGAACUCUUCACUUAGUACUCUUUCUAUUGAAUUCUUACCCACUUAACAGCCUUCACGACACCGACUUCGUAGGUGUUUUGUUGGGGAUGGUGGCUCGUUGUUAAUAAAACCCUAGCCAAUACUAAACACUCCUCUGGCACUCAUUGCACAGCUUCAUCAGUGCCCGGCCGCGUGCAUACUCGCCACAUUAUGCAACCCAAAAUGCGCAGCCACAGUACGGCUUGUGAAAGGGCUGAAUGAUCGAUAACGAUGAUCUGAUCCGGCGAAAGAGAAUGUAUGACGGGCUUGCCUGCGAUAGUUCACUUCGCUGUUGAUAAUGCUAAUGUCCUCUUUGCUUCCUCGAUCGUCCACCCAGCCAUCCCUUUCGUUGUCUUCAUCACCGAAGGGUCUUGAGCUCGAAUGGUACGUAAUUAGUGGUGCGAAUUGGCUGCGAUUUGUCGCCCGGAACGUGCGACCCAUGUAACGAAAGUGGGAAGCUCUCAAGUGUCUUCAUCUCAUCGCUGACGAUCGUAACGGCGAUCGAGAUGGCGCAUGAUGGAUUUUCCAGCGUUGUUUUCUCUCUUUCUAACUCUUAGAUCGCUGAUGGAGCGCUCUUUUUUUGUUUCUCCUUUACGUGAAGAUUUGCGAAGAAGCGUGUCUCGUUAAUCCUCCUAAUGUUUUAUCGUUCCACUCCGUCCUCUGGAUGGUGGGUUUAAAUUGGCCGCUCGAAGUCACGUAUCGCAACAGGUGCCAGAUAACCAGGUACCUUCGAAUUUCGAUGGCCUAACAGCAUCCACGAUGGAUGACCGUUACCGAUUGGCAUGUUUUUCCUAACGCACCUUUCCUCCACACACACACCUCUCUCUCUCUCUCUCUCUCUCUCUCUCUCUCACACACACACACUCUUUCUCUCUUUAUCUCGCAUUUUCACCUGUACGCUGGACCAUGAACGAAGCUGGACGAAAACUUAAAAUCGAUUACCGUAUUAGCGAAAUGGCUACGCUGAAGGCGAGCGGUUGAAAACCAAUUCACGCUUCGGGGCAUGACCUCAUACCUUCUGCGAGCUGGUCCUCCACCAAUGUUGACCCUCGGAGCUGCCAAUUUUUGCUAAAUGCAGACUCAAUCGCUAGAGUAAUCAUUGCAUACUUCACCGUCCUUUGCAAUACCUGUCGAUCGUUGGCCAACAGUGGCUACUGUUUGCCUCACGAAAACCUCCCGACCAUAACUCAUCUGCAAGCCCGCGAGGUGGAGAAGAAAAUAAUAUUAAUUUAAAUUGCUCCAUGAUUCA